AUGGGCACAACUUCUGUCGAAACUACUGCCCCUGAAACCACUUCUGCAGAAUCUGCUACCCUUGGCACCACUUCUGUAGAAAGACCCACUUCUGCAGAAAUUGCUGCCCUUGAGACGCCUUCAAUAGAAACUACUACCCUUGGCAUCACUUUUAAACUACUACCCUGGAAACUACUUCUGCUGAAACUAUACCCUGGGCACAACUUCUGCAGAGACUACUAUCCUAGGCGCCACUUCUGCAGAGACUCGUACCCUUGGCACCACUUCUGCAGAGACUCGUCCCCUUGGCACCACUUCUGCGGAGACUCGUACCCUUGGCGCCACUUCUGCAGAGACUCGUCCCCUUGGCACCACUUCUGCGGAGACUCGUACCCUUGGCGCCACUUCUGCAGAGACUCGUCCCCUUGGCACCACUUCUGCGGAGACUCGUACCCUUGGCGCCACUUCUGCAGAGACUCGUCCCCUUGGCACCACUUCUGCGGAGACUCGUACCCUUGGCGCCACUUCUGCAGAGACUCGUCCCCUUGGCACCACUUCUGCGGAGACUCGUACCCUUGGCGCCACUUCUGCAGAGACUCGUCCCCUUGGCACCACUUCUGCGGAGACUCGUACCCUUGGCGCCACUUCUGCAGAGACUCGUCCCCUUGGCACCACUUCUGCGGAGACUCGUACCCUUGGCGCCACUUCUGCAGAGACUCGUCCCCUUGGCACCACUUCUGCGGAGACUCGUACCCUUGGCGCCACUUCUGCAGAGACUCGUCCCCUUGGCACCACUUCUGCGGAGACUCGUACCCUUGGCGCCACUUCUGCAGAGACUCGUCCCCUUGGCACCACUUCUGCGGAGACUCGUACCCUUGGCGCCACUUCUGCAGAGACUCGUCCCCUUGGCACCACUUCUGCGGAGACUCGUACCCUUGGCGCCACUUCUGCAGAGACUCGUCCCCUUGGCACCACUUCUGCGGAGACUCGUACCCUUGGCGCCACUUCUGCAGAGACUCGUCCCCUUGGCACCACUUCUGCGGAGACUCGUACCCUUGGCGCCACUUCUGCAGAGACUCGUCCCCUUGGCACCACUUCUGCGGAGACUCGUACCCUUGGCGCCACUUCUGCAGAGACUCGUCCCCUUGGCACCACUUCUGCGGAGACUCGUACCCUUGGCGCCACUUCUGCAGAGACUCGUCCCCUUGGCACCACUUCUGCGGAGACUCGUACCCUUGGCGCCACUUCUGCAGAGACUCGUCCCCUUGGCACCACUUCUGCGGAGACUCGUACCCUUGGCGCCACUUCUGCAGAGACUCGUCCCCUUGGCACCACUUCUGCGGAGACUCGUACCCUUGGCGCCACUUCUGCAGAGACUCGUCCCCUUGGCACCACUUCUGCGGAGACUCGUACCCUUGGCGCCACUUCUGCAGAGACUCGUCCCCUUGGCACCACUUCUGCGGAGACUCGUACCCUUGGCGCCACUUCUGCAGAGACUCGUCCCCUUGGCACCACUUCUGCGGAGACUCGUACCCUUGGCGCCACUUCUGCAGAGACUCGUCCCCUUGGCACCACUUCUGCGGAGACUCGUACCCUUGGCGCCACUUCUGCAGAGACUCGUCCCCUUGGCACCACUUCUGCGGAGACUCGUACCCUUGGCGCCACUUCUGCAGAGACUCGUCCCCUUGGCACCACUUCUGCGGAGACUCGUACCCUUGGCGCCACUUCUGCAGAGACUCGUCCCCUUGGCACCACUUCUGCGGAGACUCGUACCCUUGGCGCCACUUCUGCAGAGACUCGUCCCCUUGGCACCACUUCUGCGGAGACUCGUACCCUUGGCGCCACUUCUGCAGAGACUCGUCCCCUUGGCACCACUUCUGCGGAGACUCGUACCCUUGGCGCCACUUCUGCAGAGACUCGUCCCCUUGGCACCACUUCUGCGGAGACUCGUACCCUUGGCGCCACUUCUGCAGAGACUCGUCCCCUUGGCACCACUUCUGCGGAGACUCGUACCCUUGGCGCCACUUCUGCAGAGACUCGUCCCCUUGGCACCACUUCUGCGGAGACUCGUACCCUUGGCGCCACUUCUGCAGAGACUCGUCCCCUUGGCACCACUUCUGCGGAGACUCGUACCCUUGGCGCCACUUCUGCAGAGACUCGUCCCCUUGGCACCACUUCUGCGGAGACUCGUACCCUUGGCGCCACUUCUGCAGAGACUCGUCCCCUUGGCACCACUUCUGCGGAGACUCGUACCCUUGGCGCCACUUCUGCAGAGACUCGUCCCCUUGGCACCACUUCUGCGGAGACUCGUACCCUUGGCGCCACUUCUGCAGAGACUCGUCCCCUUGGCACCACUUCUGCGGAGACUCGUACCCUUGGCACCACUUCUGUAGAAACUACUAUCCUGGAAACCACAUAUGCAGGACCCACUUCUGAAGAAACUGCUACCCUGGAAACCACUUCUGCAGAAAAUACUACCCUUGUCACCACUUCUGUAGAA